AUGUCAGAAGUUGUUAUUGAUUCCGAACAAUUUCAUAAAAGAUUAUCUAUCAUCCAAAAGAAUUUGGUUGGUAGUGAAUUCAAAAGUUUAUUAUAUUUAGUAGGUGCUAGAGAUGAUGAUAAUACUUAUAAGAAACCAACAGUUUUACAGAAUUGGUUAUUAGGAUAUGAAUUCGUUCAUUCAGGUGUUUAUAUUACUGAAGAUAAAUGUUGUUUCAUCACCUCUGAAAACAAAACCAAAUAUUUAAAAGGGUUAGUUAAUAAACCAACCCCAAAUUCUUCAAGUUUUGAAAUUUGGACAAGAACUAAAGAUGUUGAAGUUAAUAAAGGAAUUUUCCAAAAAUUGUUAGAUCAAUUAAAAGAAGAUAAAAAAGUUGGUAUCAUUGAAAAGGCAAAAUAUAAAGGGAAAUUUAUUGAUGAAUGGGAAGAAUUUGAUAAAUCAUCAAUUGAAUUUAUUGAUUCAUCUAUUUUAUUAUCUAAAUCAAUGGAAGUUAAAGAUUCCGAUGAGUUCAACAAUCAUUCUAUUGCUUCUAAAUCUUCCAUUGUAAUGAUGGAUAUCUUUAUUAAUGAAAUGAUGAAAAUUGUUGAUGAAGAUUCAAAAAUUACUCAUUCAAAAUUCAGUGAAUCUUUAGAAGAUAAAAUUGAUAGAAAUAAUUGGUAUUCUAAGAAUGAUAUGGGUAAAAAAUUAUUACAAAAUAAUUCAUCAUUUGACCCUGAAUUGUUAGAUUGGUGUUAUAGUCCAAUUAUACAAAGUGGUAAUGAAUUUGAUUUAAAACCAAGUGCUCAAUCUUCUGAUAAGGUUUUGAAGAAUGAAGGAGUUAUAUUAUCAUCAAUUGGUUUGAGAUUCAAAAAUUAUUGUUCAAAUAUUGGUAGAAGUUUCUUAAUUGAUCCAACUAAAGAAAUGGAAGAUAAUUAUGAUUUCUUAAUUAAAUUACAAAAUCAUUUAAUUGAUGAAGUUUUAGUUGAUGGUAAAAUUGCCAAAGAUGUUUAUGAAGAAGCCACUAAAUUUAUAACCAAAGAAAAUCCAUCAAUUCUUGAUAAUUUCACUAGAAAUUGUGGUUGGUUAAUGGGUAUUGAAUUUAGAGAUUCAACAUUGAUUUUAAACAGUAAAAAUGAAAGAAAAUUAGCUAAUGGACAAAUUUUUUCCUUAACCAUUGGUUUCAGUGAUUUGAUUAAUAAAUCAAACAAUAAGAAAUAUAGUUUAAUGUUAACUGAUACUGUUAAAAUUACUGAUUCCAAAGCAUUGGUAUUAACUAAUCAUUUAAAGAAUAAAUCUGAAAUCACUUUCUAUUUCAAAGAAGAUAAAGUAUUAGAUGAAUUGAAUGGUGAUGAUAAAUCUACCAAAAUAAAAUCUGAAAAAGAUAUAAAAAUUGAAAAGAAUUUAGCUGCUAAUGAAGCUAAUUCAAAAAUUUUAAAACAAAAAUUAAGAAAUGAAACUACACAAAAUGAUGAUAAUUUGAAUAAUGAACAAAUCAGACAAGAAAUUCAAGGUAAAUUACAUGAAAAAAGAUUACAAGAAGGAUUAUCAAGAUUCUCAAGAGCUGAUGCUGCUGAUGAAUCUGAAAAUAAACCAAUUUUCAAAAAAUAUGAUUCUUAUAUGAGAGAAUCCCAAAUUCCUUCAAAUGUAAGAGAUUUAAAGAUUCAUGUUGAUUAUAAAAAUCAAACCAUUAUCUUACCAAUCUGUGGUAGACCAGUACCUUUCCAUAUAAAUUCAUUCAAAAAUGGAUCACAAAAUGAAGAAGGUGAUUUUACUUACUUAAGAUUAAAUUUUAAUUCUCCAGGUGCUGGAGGUAAUGUCUCCAAGAAAACUGAAUUACCUUAUGAAGAUUCUCCAGACAAUACAUUCUUAAGAUCUUUAACUUUUAGAUCAAGAGAUAGACAAAGAAUGGUUGAUGUUUAUAAAGCAAUUCAAGAUUUGAAGAAAGAUUCAGUUAAAAGAGAACAAGAAAAGAAACAAAUGGCAGAUGUCGUUAGUCAAGCUAAUUUAGUUGAAUUUAAAGGUUCAAGAGUUUCAAAAUUAGAAAAUGUUUUGGUAAGACCUCAACAAGAUUCUAAAAAAACCGGUGGUACCUUACAAAUUCAUGAAAAUGGUUUAAGAUAUCAAUCAAAUUUCAAAAUUGAUCAAAGAAUUGAUAUUAUUUUCUCAAAUAUUAAACAUUUAUUUUAUCAACCAAGUAAAGAUGAAUUAAUUGUUUUAAUUCAUUGUCAUUUAAAAACUCCAAUUAUGAUUGGUAAACGUAAAACUUAUGAUGUUCAAUUUUAUAAGGAAGCUAGUGAUAUGGCUUUUGAUGAAACUGGUGGUAGAAAAAGAAAAUACAGAUAUGGAGAUGAAGAUGAAUUACAACAAGAACAAGAAGAAAGAAGAAGAAAAGCUUUAUUGGAUAAAGAAUUCAAAAUAUUUGCUCAAAAGAUUGCUGAUGCUUCUAAUGGUAGAGUUGAUUUAGAUAUCCCAUUCAGAGAAUUAGGAUUUCAAGGUGUUCCUUUCAGAUCAGCAGUAUUUUGUAUGCCAACAAGAGAUUGUUUAAUUCAAUUAAUUGAUCCUCCAUAUUUAGUUGUAACUUUAGAAGAAAUUGAAAUUGCCCAUUUAGAAAGAGUUCAAUUUGGUUUAAAGAAUUUCGAUCUUGUUUUUGUUUUCAAAGAUUUCAAUAAACCUGUUGUUCAUAUCAAUACCAUUCCAAUGGAAUUAUUAGAAGAUGUCAAAAAUUGGUUAACUGAUGUUGAUAUUCCAAUCAGUGAGGGUCAAAUGAAUUUGAAUUGGCCAUCAAUUAUGAAAACAGUUUUAGCUGAUCCUUAUCAAUUCUUUGUUGAUGGAGGUUGGUCUUUCUUAACCGGUACAGGAGAAUCCGAUGAAGAAGAAGAGGAAGAAGAAGAAAGUGAAUUCGAAGUCAGUGAUGAAGAUCCAAGUGAUGAAGAUGUUGGUAGUGGAGCUGAAGAAAGUGAUGAUUAUUCUGAAGGUUCAGCAUCAGGAUCAGAUUUUGAUGAAGAUGAAGAAAGUGGUGAAGAUUGGGAUGAAAUGGAAAAGAAAGCUGCUCGUGAAGACAAAGCUGCUUUCAGAGAUUAA